CUCACCAAGAGCUUGAAGGAGUUGCUCUAGGCUCGCCCUGCCCACAACUGCAAACGUCACCUCCGCCCUUUUUCUCUGCGACGUGGCCGGCUUCUUCUGCCCAGAGAGCAUGUCACUUCCGCCAAAUCUCUGACCUGCUGCUAGGAUCGCGACGGGAACUGGAACCCGAGGUCCCCGCACGGUCCGGGCCUCGCGCCCUGAGGGGAAGAGCGGCCCGGCCCAGCGUGCUGGGGUGGAGACCUUGACUCCAGUCCCUUCCCUAGCCAUGACGGACGGGAUUCUAGGGAAGGCAGCCACAAUGGAGAUUCCCAUCCACGGAAAUGGAGAAGCUGGGCAGCUUCCUGAAGACGAUGGGCUGGAGCAGGACCUCCAGCAGGUGAUGGUGUCAGGACCCAACCUCAAUGAAACUAGCAUUGUGUCUGGUGGCUAUGGGGGCUCUGGUGACGGACUCAUCCCCACAGGGUCUGGCCGCCAUCCAUCUCACAGCACGUCACCCUCUGGCCCUGGUGAUGAGGUGGCCCGGGGCAUCGCUGGAGAAAAGUUUGACAUCGUCAAGAAAUGGGGCAUCAACACAUACAAGUGCACAAAGCAGCUGUUAUCAGAGAGAUUUGGCCGAGGCUCCCGGACUGUGGAUCUGGAGCUAGAGCUGCAGAUUGAGUUGCUGCGUGAGACGAAGCGCAAGUAUGAAAGUGUCCUGCAGCUGGGCCGGGCACUGACAGCCCACCUCUACAGCCUGUUGCAGACCCAGCAUGCGCUAGGUGAUGCCUUUGCUGAUCUCAGCCAGAAGUCCCCAGAGCUUCAGGAGGAAUUUGGCUAUAAUGCAGAGACACAAAAGCUGCUGUGCAAGAAUGGGGAGACGCUGCUAGGGGCUGUGAACUUCUUUGUCUCUAGCAUCAACACACUGGUCACCAAGACCAUGGAAGACACACUCAUGACUGUCAAACAGUAUGAGGCUGCCAGGCUGGAAUAUGAUGCCUACCGGACAGACUUAGAAGAGCUGAGCCUAGGGCCCCGGGAUGCAGGGACUCGUGGUCGACUUGAGAGUGCCCAGGCCACUUUCCAGACCCAUCGGGACAAAUAUGAGAAGCUGCGGGGAGAUGUGGCCAUCAAGCUGAAGUUCCUGGAAGAAAACAAGAUCAAGGUGAUGCACAAGCAGCUACUGCUCUUCCACAAUGCCGUGUCUGCCUACUUCGCUGGGAACCAGAAACAGCUGGAGCAGACCCUACAGCAGUUCAACAUCAAGCUGCGGCCUCCAGGAGCCGAGAAGCCUUCCUGGUUAGAGGAGCAGUGAGCAGCUCCCAGCCCAACUUGGCUAUCAAGAAGGACACUGGGCGGGGUAGCCCCAGGGUGGAGGAGAUUGGACAUGGGAUGCCCUUUGCGGCUUACUUGCUGGCUUGGGCUCCCCUUUCCUGGCUGGGGUCUGACACCAGUUUUGCCCAUCCUGCUGUGGUCUGAAGAGGGCCUGUAGGCCCAGAAGCUGCUGCCCUGCCCUUUCUCUUCCCAGCCACUGGGCUUCAUUCCCAGAUCUUUUCCUUUCACUCCACAGCCAAAGGCUAUGACAAAACACUCCCUGGCCAAUGGCAUCACUCCUCAGGCCUAUCCCCAGCUCUUGGGAUGUGCCCCUGACCAAAGACAGGACCUCAAAAGGCUCUGUCAGCCAAUGGCAGCUCUUCUUGGGCUCCCCUGGGCCAAUAGUGUUGCCUCCAGUACCCUUUGUUCCCUCAAUGUGUGCCCAUUGCAGAGAAGGGAACUGGGACCAAAGGGGUGGGGAUAAUGGGGAGCCCCAUUUGUGGCCCUGCAUCUGAGUGGGCCCUCCCCUCAUCCACCCACCCAGUUGAACUGUGCUUAGAGCCCCAAAAGACUGGGUUCUAGCACUAGGAAUAAACCUUUCAUAAAAGCAG